CAUGUUUGUAAAAUUACAUGUGAGUCCAUGAAUUUUAUAACUUUGCCCUUUUCACCUUAGUGGACAUUCCACAUGCUCUGUGCAGUGUUGAAAUAUAUAGUACAUAUAUAUGCCCAUAGUCUAUACAUACGAGUACACACGUGUGCCUUGUAUGUGGUAUACCAACUGUUCCUGGAACCAGGGGAGAACAUCGCCGUCCCCCUGAAACAUGAGUCAUGAGUCAUGUGUGGUCAAGAUUGACCAUGGUUGGGUCACUCCAUUCUUUUAGCCUAGGGGUGUUAUGGCCUAUGAAUUAAUGUUCAUAAAUACAUAUUGUAUUAAUUCUGAUUGUUUAUUGAUUGUUUAUCUUUCUCCAAUUGGGAAAGUUAUUUAUAUGAUUAUACAAUGUGUCAUCUGUAUCAAUGUUGUAUGAUGUAAUUGUUAAAUGCUUAUCCUGAACAUGUAUUAAUGAAAGUACUUGAAGCUUUUUACCUCUAAGUUGGGAGAUGGCAUAACCCAUCUCAAAGUCAGCCAUCUUCUCCUCAUCAUCAGCCUCUUUUGUCUCCAACCUCCAUUGGGACAACACCAUAUUAAUUGUCGCUGACAAUAUUUAAUAUUUCUUCUCUUUAGACAACGUCACAAUGAAGGUCGUCGCCUCAGCACUAACCAUUUCAGAACCCUCAUGUCCAAUUGAUAUAAUUUAGGAUGUAAAUGUAGUAGUGAUAAGUUAUGUAUGACCUUGUAGGAUUAGUAUAGAUAGUUAUAGUUCAGUUAAAUGUUAUUGUUUUGUUAAACUUCUAUGAUUUUAUAGAAGUGCAUGUAUAAGUUGUAAAUAAUAAAGGGAAAAGACAUCCCGAUAUAUACUCGCAUAAAUAAUGAGUAAUAGUUUAGAUUUUCAGACUCUUGUGUGUAGUGAUUGAAUGAGCGUGAUUGCUUUGAUUGUGUAACUGUAUGUUCUGUGAUAUGUUCUCGGUGUUCGUGGUAUGAUUGAUUGUUUGUUUAUGUGAUGUACUUGGUGUGCGUAAUGUUUGUGUGAGUCCUGUGGUAACCGGCAUAAAAGGGGGGAUUAUUUGCAUGGGUACUAAUUAAAGAAAAGUUCCCCGAUAUGCAAUUUUAUAUUAGUCUUCCGCUGCUAUUAUGAGUGACUGUGUGAUUAUUAUAUGAUCCUCACCCCACCCCAAAAAUGCCGGUGCUACAAUUGGUAGCAGAGCGAGGUUGUUGUUUUUAUAAUAUAUUUUUCUAUUUUAUUGUUUUUCUCUUUUGGUUGGUCCUAUUUGUAUUUUUAGUUUGGUUACACGUUCUUGCCUGAUCGUAUGACAUACAACUUUAAUAUUUACUUUAAUAGUGACAUACGAAAUGAUUUACCAACCUAACACAAUGACAUGACCUUGACCCCUUGUUUUGACUGAUAGACUGGUAUGAGAAUAGUAAACUGAUACUUUUAUGGUAUUUAAGUUUACUGCUAAAUUGAUUGAUGCAACUGGUUAUAAGGCUAUCUAAGGUAUAGUAGUCUCAAUUGCCAGGUUUCUUGGUUUUGAGUUUGUUUUUGUUUUGUUUUCUUUGCUAGUAUAUAUGAUAUUACUUCGAUCAUAUUUGGCAAGUUGUUGUUGUUGUCUGCUUCUGUUUUCUUAGGUGCCGGAACCUAUUUGUUGUUUACCUCUUAUAUUUCUUGGUCGCAACAACUCUCUCAGCGUGUUACCUGCAUUUGUUUUCUAUUUGGUAUAUAUUGUUUGUACCAUUACUUUGUUUUUAUUUGGUAUAAGGAUUUGAUUAAUUGUAACAUGUCUCUCGAGGACAGCACUUCCCUUGUCCCUGAUGAGGAAAAACUACUUUCUAGUGCUGACCCUGACACCUUAAGUAAGUUUUUGACAGAGUCUGGACUUACCCUUUCCCAACUCGAAAAAUUGGUGAAAGGGUGUUCAAUAGGUAACCCUCCCCCUGUCCACACCCCUGCCCCUUCCCCCAGCUCCCCUUCCCCGCCACCUGCCCAUAGUCAUGGCAUAGUUAAUGCUCCACGUCUCCCCCGUCUUGGCCUCUUCUCAGGAAAAGAGCCAGUAAAACAAGGCGAGGUAGACUGGGAGACAUUUAAAGAUGUCGCAAUUGAGGUUGCGUCAAUGGCCUCAAUUGACGAGCAAACCAAAAGGCGCGAGAUCGUCACUAGGCUUUGCGGGCCUGCUAAAGACUUCGCUAGGCAAGUUUCCCCAAGCUCCACUGCCCAUGGACUUGUAUCUUUUUUAGACAAUGUUUAUGGCGCAGUGGAGAACAAGUCCCUUCUCCUUAGCGAGUUCAUGUCCAUGGCCCAGGAAAAAGGGGAAAAACCCUCAGACUUCCUUAAGAGGACUCAACUAAAAAUCAACAAGUUGGUGGAGAUAGGAGAGUUUUUACCAGACUCGGCAGACCAGAAACUUUUAGAUAGGUUCAGGAUGGGAUGCCAGGAUGAGUACAUCCUCUCUGUGACCAAUCUCCAUCAACAAAUUGUUGCGCCCCCUUUCCACAGAUUAAUAAGCCUCAUCCGAGAAGCCGAAGCCACUCGUGAUGCAAAAUAUACCCAAAAGCGCACUGUUAAAAGCUAUCCUCAGCAGCUUGGCGCACCCAACCCAUACCACCCUUACCCAUCCCCACCCCCACCACCACCAACACCACCACCACCUCCUCCUACCCCAAUGAUGUAUCAAGGGAACCCCCAAAAGAAAAAUAGACCCCUCAAAAUAGGCAAGGCCCCCUUAAACCCGUAA